GGAACAGUGAGAGGACUGGAGCAGCUCUGGCUGUCUGUGUGCUAUCUGUAAGGAUCUACGGGGCUGGGGAAAAAGAGAUAAGUAUGCAGUGUGUACAGUAGCACUGUAAGGAGGGCCUCUUUGUUCACAGGGCUGCUAGUUCUGCUGAACUCAUUCACUACCUCACACAGACCCUCACUGUGCUGCUGCUGCUGUGCUGCUGCUUCAGGGGUUAUUAUGGCCAGUGAGAAGCUGUACAGAGUCUACCAUGGACUUCCAGUACCUAAGAUUGCUCAUACAGAAGAGAGCCUGAGCUACUUAGAGGCGUUUGAAGUCACGGAUGACGAUAUAUUUGCUGUUACAUAUCCUAAAUCCGGUACAACAUGGAUGCAGGAAAUCCUCCCCUUGCUGCUGAAUGGAGGAGAUCUUCAGCCAGUGGAGAAAAUUCCCAACUGGGACAGGGUUCCUUGGCUUGAGGAGACACGUCUCGCCCUGGUCGUGGACAAGUUGACCCCUCCACGAGCCAUGGUGUCCCAUAUGCAUUAUCACCUGAUGCCUCCCUCGUUCCACUCUUCUAAAGCCAAGGUCAUUUACAUUGCAAGAAACCCCAAAGAUAUCUUGGUGUCUUCUUUUUAUUUCCACCAAAUGGCCAGCUUUCUGGAUGAUCCAGGAACGUUUGAAGAGUUCACUGAGAAGUUUCUAGCUGGACAGGUUCUUUUUGGAAAGUGGACCGAUCAUGUGAAGAGCUGGAGAAACACAGAUCUAGGAGACCGGAUUCUGUACAUCACUUACGAGGAGCUGAUCCAGGAUCUUCGGGAGGUUCUGAAGCGCAUUUUGCACUUUCUUGGACGGGAGAUGAGCGAAGAUGCUCUGGAUCGUGUGACUGAUCACUGUCUGUUUGAAAACAUGAAGAAAAACCAAAUGUCUAAUUACUCUCUGGUGCCUAAGGACAUCAUGGAUAGCAAUAAGUCACCUUUUCUCAGAAAAGGGAUUUCUGGAGACUGGAAAAAUCACUUCAGCCCUGAGUUGGAGGCCAAAUUCAACACUGUCAUUCGUAAAGAAAUGGAGGGCAGUGGUGUAGAGUUUCCAUGGGAUAAAGAAUGAAAAAUGCCUUUAUUUAAAUGAAUUAAAGAGUUACUGUAGUCCAUUCCAAAUAUAUAUUCAUAAAAAUCACUGUAUUCUCAGCUGUUUUUUUGGCAGCUGCAAUAACGGUUGGUUUCUUCAGUCAGUUGAACUUGCAUAAGGUGUGAAACAGUGCAGUUAAGUGGAGCCCCUUUGUCUGUUUAUUGCAAAAGCAACACACACUCCUGAAGCUCUUGUGCAAAUCAAAGGUUGCUAGAACAAAGACCACAAACGGCAAAGCACACACACACACACACACACACACACACAUAAAACAAACACACACACACAACAGCCGUAAACAAUAAACAAAGCACUGGCAAACUAAGAAAAUCAGUGUGUUUUAUAACAGGGCUGUGUAUUAAAAAGAGCCUGACAAUAUGAUAUAUAUAUAUAUAUAUAUCACAAUACAGGGGAUACAAUAUACGAUUGAUAUAUGUAUAUAUAUGAUUUUUUUUAAAUAUGAUUUUUUUGGAAACCAAAACUAUACUUAUAAAAAACACACAUCAAAUACAAUACAUAAUAUAUAUAUAUAUAUAUAUAUAUUGAUCUUUUAUACUUACAUAAUUAUUUGAAAGAUCAAAAUGUUGUACAUUUAAAUUAUACUUUAAAAAAUAAUGAAUAAUAUUUAACAGUGCAAUUCACACAUUUAAGUUUAAACAAGGCUUUGUUUAAGUAGUGACAUUUGCUUAUUUUAAAUUUGCAUAUUUUAAAUAUUCGGAUCCAUAAAUCUCUCAAUAAACAAGAAACAUCUUUGGUUCUCAAAAAAAACAUAAACUUUGUCAGAUAAAAAUAUAACCAUAUAAGAAUAUAACCAUAAAAUCAUUACCACCAAUCACAGAGUUGUCUCAUCUAGUUUAUAUCUAUGACUUUUUGAAUCAUAUAAAAUCUGAAAAGUUAAAGCUAAGAACUAAACAAAACUAACAUGAAAAUAAAUGAAUAACACCUUUAAAUAUUUCAGUUUAUAAAAUGUUGUAUGAAUGCAAUCAAAAUACAACAAAUUCUGAUUCAGAUGUAUAUGUCAGUUUUUAAGCUAAAGGAAAAUAAAAGUUUUAUUUUUAUUUCAAUCAGAACAGUGGAAUCUGAGGACACACUGUCUAGUGAGCGGCAUUUAAACACAACAGUCUAAUAUAACUCAACUGUCUGUAUGUAUGGAUUGAACUGCUGACUGGAACUCUUUUAAUCCUUUUAAUCGUGUUGAUUGAUGAUUAAACCAACAAUGAACAUAAUCAUAUAUUGUUGUAAUGUUACUGCAUUUUUUCAAAGUUUUAAUAAGUUAUGUACUUAUAUACCAGCAGAGAAAAAGAAUAAAGUCUGCUGCUCUAAA